UGACGCUGCACGAGCCAACUGCUGUUCGUUCAUUCAUUAAUAUGAACCCUUAUAUUUGGCAGAGCUGCUGCUGCCAUGUUCGCCGGAGAGGACGGGGCCCAGCUGCAGUGCUGUGUGGCGAUGGAGCAGCUCAACGCCUCCGGCCAAGCCACCCGGAGGCAGGUCAUCCGGAAAGCCUCCGUUAUUCUGGGCCGGAAUGAGUUCCAGGAGAUUAUCCUCCGGGUCCACGACGGGAAAGUCCCGCAGAGUUACCAUCUGAAAGAAUUCAAACUUUUCACCAAGUUCGCCAGAGAGGGUAAAUGCACCGUCAAACUGCUCCCUGAAAACAUCCAGGUGCUCAUCUCCAAUUGCCCCCCUGACCAGCUGAGCCUCUUCCUCAAAACCCUGAGCAUCAAACACCAGGCCUGGCGGAGCAGCAAGCCCCUGAGCGACAGAGAGAAGCUGAAGGCCGGUCUGCCCCGCAGCUUCGAGGCCAUCAGCCCCCUGCAGCAAAAGGACAUCCAGAAGGUCAAUGAGCUGAGAAGUAAAGCGGCUCCCAAAGGACUGACAGACCGCACCAACAACACGACCGCGGCAAGAACAGGACAGCAAGUCAAGAGGUCAAGGAGUGACAGCAACUUUAGUCCAGUGAAGACAAACCCGACUAAGAAGCCCAUCCUGUCUCUGCCAUCUCGUAAACUCAAUAAAGAACAGGCUGCUGUUCUCAGUGCGGUGCUCAGCGGCAGGAACGUCUUCUUCACUGGAAGUGCCGGAACAGGAAAGUCUUUCUUACUCAAGAGAAUCAUGGGAUCGCUUCCUCCAAAGAGCACCUUUGCUACAGCCAGUACAGGAGUGGCUGCAUGUCACAUUGGAGGAACAACGUUACACAGUUUUGCAGGUGUUGGCUCGGGCUCUGCCCCACUGGAGCAGUGUAUUGAGCUGGCUCAGAGGCCCGGGGUGCUGCAGCACUGGACCAGCUGUCGACACCUCAUCAUCGAUGAGAUCUCCAUGGUGGAGGCCCAGUUCUUUGACAAGCUUGAGUCCGUUGCAAGGUCGGUGAGGAGGUCCACUGAGCCGUUUGGAGGCAUCCAGCUGAUCGUGUGUGGCGACUUCCUUCAGCUGCCUCCGGUUUCUAAAGGGAAGGAGAAGGCUAGCUUCUGCUUCCAGGCAAGGAGUUGGCGUAAGGUCAUCCAGGUCAACAUGGAGCUAACGGAAGUACGAAGGCAAACGGACCAGUCGUUCAUCUCCCUGCUGCAGGCAGUGAGGUUGGGCAGGGUGACGGAGGAAGUUACAGCUAAGCUAAUGGAAAGCGCCUACCAUCACAUCGAGAGGGACGGUAUUCUAGCAACCAGGCUGUGCACACACAAGGAUGACGUGGAGGUCACAAACGAGAGCAAACUCCAGCAGCUGCCAGGGUCAGUACGUGUGUUUGAGGCACUUGACAGCGACCCGGCCCUGGUGAAGACUAUAGACGCUCACAGCCCCGUCAGCAGGCUGAUCCAACUCAAAGUGGGAGCUCAGGUCAUGCUGACAAAGAACCUGGAUGUUGCUCGAGGUCUGGUGAAUGGAGCACGAGGGGUUGUUGUGGCUUUUGAUUCUGGAAAACAUGGACUCCCACGUGUGCGUUUCCUGUGCGGCGCUACAGAGGUGCUGAAGAUGGAGCGCUGGGUGUUCAAGUCCGGUGGUGGGAUCCAUCUGAGUCGACAGCAGUUGCCGCUCAAACUUGCCUGGGCCAUCUCCAUCCACAAGAGCCAGGGAAUGACACUGGACUGCGUGGAGAUCUCUCUGGCACGUGUCUUUGAGAGCGGACAGGCCUACGUAGCCUUGUCUCGAGCUCGGAGCCUGGAGGGUCUGAGGGUCAUGGACUUUGAACCCCGUGUGGUGCGUUCGGAUCCAGAUGUUCUCCUCUUCUAUAAGAAACUGAGGAAGGAGAGGCUGCUCAUGCAGGCUUCCAUGGACGAUUUUGUUUGCAACAAAGAAAACUCCUGGUGAGAAGCAGAAUGCCUCUCCAUCAUCUGUAAUGUUAUGCACUGUGUGCAUGAGUUUUUUUUAUUAUUAUUUUGGGGAUAAUAUGGUUUUAUUACAUGUCUGCAGUCACAGAAAUCUACAUUCACCUUCUACCUCAUGGUUCCUGUUUUAACUUGCAGUACAUGAGGUCACACUGCCACCAUGUGUUCAUUACUGUAACUUUUGUUGUGUGAGAGCUUAUUUUUUAUAAUGCCUUGAUUUUUUUAAAUUCUAUUUAUUAUGAUUCUUAGCAUGUAUUCAAAUAAAGUUUUAGUCAACAUAAAA